CAUGGCAACGCGACGAUGGCGGAGGUAGCCGAGAGCCGACGCGACGAGGCCGACUACAAGCGCCUGCACAGCUUCCCUCUGCUCAGGCACACAGACAUGCCAGAAGAAAUGAGGACAGAGACCAUGGAACUGUGUGUCACAGCAUGUGAGAAAUAUGGCACCAACAAUGAGCUUGCAGCCAAGAUGAUCAAGGAGUCAAUGGACAAGAAGUUUGGAUCCUCCUGGCAUGCCGUGGUGGGCGAGGGAUUCGGCUUUGAGAUCACUCACGAGACCAAGAACAUUUUGUAUAUGUUCUUCGGAGGCAGUAUGGCAGUUUGUGUCUGGAAGUGUUCCUGAGCUACUCUUCACUUCGCGUCAUCCUUGGCACGACUUUCUUACACACAGAUGCACACUGAUUUGCACUCAGCUCUGGUAAUCGUAACCAACUGGCAUACCGAGAGUGUUUUUUUAAACUUGCAUAUAAAAUGUAGGCUGAUGUGUGUUUUUAAAAUUCUAUUUCAUAUGUGAAUCAUGAAGCUUUUUUUUACGUUAAACUAUUUGAGGUUCUGUAUAUUACAUUCCUUCAUACUUGGGACCCUGUAUCUUCCAACUUAAUUGCAUCAUGGUGUUAAUGCUCAUUGAAAUAUUCCAAUACAUUGUACAGUGCCAUUUGCAGAUUCAACUAUGUUAUUUCAGAAUACUUAAACUAUUUACAUUGGAUUUUAAAGUGUGAUUUAACGACACUUCCCAAAUGUUGUUAAACAGCAAAACUGUUUAAAUGUUCUCGAACGUUUCACCUUCCUACGUCUCAGGUUAUGUUCUCGCCCAAACUGGGAAGUCAGGUGACUUCUUCAUCUCAUUAUUCCCAUAGUGACCCCCCCCCCCUCUUACCCACUUGCUACCCCAUCUCCUUCCUUAACUCUGCCACUCGCCUCAUUUUUCCACUUACCUUCACAGCCUGUUCCACCAGAUUCACUUGGCUGCUAUCCCACCUCGGCUUCACCAACCCAUGCACGUUUUACAACAUUGAAGUGUGUUUUUGCGCUGCACGUGUCAAAGUAGAAGUAGGCUUGAGAUUGGUUUUUUUAUUGUUCCCAUAACUAUAUUUUCAGUUAUACUUGGUAUCUAACCUAUAAAAAUCAAAGGAAGUGAUAGUAAACAACCCAGCAACCAAGCGUAAACUUGCGAAAAUUCACUUUGUUGUACUAAAAUCCAGUAAAGUAUGAGUUGCACUACCCCAGUCCAUAACCACAAGAGAGUGCUUGAGAUGUAUUACAUGCACCUGCCAUGAAACAGAUUGCAUCAGAAUAUUAUUAACUGUUUUAACACCAACUUGGGUAUUGUAUUUAAUAACUGCAAUUGUAAAGCAAUUUGAAUACUUGUUGGAUAUGAACUAUCAUCGGUUGUCUGUAAUUCCACGACAUGUGAGCAGACCUGCAUUUAAUGAUCGUGCUCAAGUGCUCUUUCAGGCGGUAUGAAAUGAGGAUAUGAUGAUCGUAUAAAACAGAUUCUGACGCUCACUAUAAGUGUAUAUAAUUGCACGUGUAAGAAUCGACUUUUUCCUAUCAUGAAUAUCGCUUUAUAUUUGAUGCAUUCGUACCACGCCAAGGAUAAAAGAAUGGAGUUUAUAGUUACAAAUCUUAACAAUUCCUAGAAUCAUGGAGAGAUUUAAUUCCUGUUGGAAGCACUAAUUAACUGCUGUGGAUUUCUCAUGUAUGGUCAAAAACAUGAUGUCUGAAUUUAUAUGAAGUGGCCCUGAAACGUGUUUCACUACAUUCUUGAACACAUUGUAAUUUACUGCGUUUGAAACUUAAAAAUAAGCACACUUUAUUGUAAAUGUAAUAGCUGUGAUUUGAGUGGUACAAUGUCAAGUAAUCUACACUAAUGUGAUCAAAUUUUUGUUCAAAAUGCAAUACAUUUGAUGGAUUAAUCAUGUUCAAACUACCUGAUAUCGCAUUCAUCGUGUGACAAUGCGUCGUGUUUACGCUUGAAAUGAAAUAACUUUUUGUUCCUUUAUAUACAUUUACCAUGAAUAAAAAGUUUG